AUGGAUUAUAGAGUGAAAAUUGAUAAUAAAUGUGCAUAUCUUGUAGUUCACUUGUUUCAGGUUGUUUUGACUCCGGAUCAAGAUAAAGAAGCAACUUCAGAUGUAUUGCCAAUCAAUUAUGAUGGAUUAGCAAAGGCAGUAAAGAAAGGAGACACCAUCUUUCUAGGUCAAUACCUGUUCACAGGAAGUGAAACUACAUCAGUUUGGCUUGAGAUAUGUACUUUACCUGGAAGCGGUGCAGCAGAUAUGUACUCGAAUUGUAAGCAGCGGAUAUAUACUCGAAUUUAUAAGCAGUGCGACAGAUAUGUACUCAGAUUUGUAAGCAGUGCGGCAUAUAUGUACUCAAAUUUGUUAGCAUAUAUGUACUCGAAUUUGUGAGCAGUGUGCCAGAUAUGU